GUUGAAGGUCGUUUUGUAGGUCGCUCUCGGGUUUAAAAAAGCUGGGCAGUUAACUCAAUUUCGCUAUUUCUAUAUGCGUCUUUAAGUCCUUUCUUUGGCUAACUGGAUAUAAAACCUCAAUAUAUCCUUCUUACAAGUCAUAAAGACAAAGUACUAUUUGAAUUACUUCAUAAGAGUGACAAAUCCCCAUGGCAAUGUCCUUUUCCACCAUUAAAAAACAUAUAGCGCGGUGUAACCAGUUUUUGUCUGAAAAGUUGGGAGCUUCUAAGUGCACCGACAAGGGUCCUGAUUACAAGCAACUUACUCAGCUCAUAGACUCAUACAAAGCUUUUUAUGAAAAUAUACAGAGGCGAGUUCUUGACUGUUUAGAACCUAAUCCUAAUGCGCGUAAACGAGCAUGGGCUAGUGCUGCUGUAAAUAGAAUUCAGGGAAAUCCAAAUAAUGAUAGUUAUCCUCAUGCAGAAAAGUUUCUUUCCGAUUGCUUUCUAGAAUAUGGAAGACAAUUAAGUCAACAACAAGAUUUGAGUCUGGCGCUUAUACAAUGUGGAGAAGCAUACAAUAGAAUUGUUGAAUCAAAACAUCAAUCAGUAGAUGAAACAAAAUCUGGCUUCUUAAAACCAAUUUCUGAGAAAUUAAACCAAGAUAUUCGAGAAAUAUCUAUACUUCGAAGAAAAGUUGAAAAUAAACGAUUAACAUAUGCUCAUCGAAAAAGUGUACUGGAAAAAAAUUCAUUCACAACCAAUACUCAACCGGAUCAAGCAUUUGAAGAGUCUAAAAUUCAAUAUGAAGAAUCGUUAUCAACUAGUACAAGGGCUAUGUCAAACUUUUUGGAUACUGAAGUUGAACAAAUCAAAACUUUGUCCAAUUUUGUUAAUGCUCAAUUAAGCUUCUACCAGGAUGCUGCUCGAAUUUUAUCCGAUCUACAUGGAGAGCUUGAAAUGAGAUUGUUGGAUGCACACGAUCAUGCAAGACAGCAUACUCCAUAUCCUAUUAGUUCAAAUAAAGCUUUACCAGAUCUACCUCAGUUCGAUCAUGAAUCUACCGAUUCUCAAAUGAGACCAAAAUCUGAUAAUCUAUCAAACAAAAUACCUUCAUGUAUUGCUUUAUAUAAUUUUAAAGCUGAAAGUCCUUUUGAAUUAUCUUUUAAUGUGGGUGAUGAGCUCAAAUUAAUUGAACAGGUUGAUAACAACUGGUUUUUGGGUGAACUAAAUGGAAAAGAAGGUCAUUUCCCAACAAACCAUGUCCGUGUCAUUCAUCCUCUACCAUAAAAUGCGUUUUUUUUCAAAUGCAAUCGAUUUUAAUUGUAUUUCCCUAAUGAUAAAGUUUGUUAUUUUCACUUGAUACCUCAUCUUUCACUCUUUCGUGUUAUUGUUAUCAUUAUUAUUAUUAUUAUUAUUUUGUAUGAAUGUUCUGUAUAUGUUUUUAUUGCCUCUCUCUCUCUCUUUAUUUGUAUAAGUACAUACUCAUAAGUAGAUUGAACAAUAAAUAAUAGGUGACUGUUUAUUAACUUUUAAUGCAGUUGUUUCGUUCCAGCUGGAAUUCAAACAAGGGGACAAUUCUGUUUUUUUUUCUAGUAUUUUCAUCAACGAAAUUUUCUUCUAUUUGCUCCAUUCCCUCAAUCAGUCCGCCUUGACUAGUAUUUAUCUCUGUGUGUGUGUGUGUGACCAGAGAUUGUUCAAAAUGUGUAAAACGCAACUACAUCACUUUAUUUUUCUCAAAUCAAUUACAUCUCACUGUUCUAUGAAAAUUUUCUUGUGCCUUAUCGAUUAAGUAUGUAAGUGCCAUUGUGUUUUAAUGAACACACAUUUCUUUGGUCUUCAUGGCGUGUUCUUGUCUUCCAAGCACUUUUUGUCAAAAAUUUUUAUUUUAUUUCUAUUUUUAUUCAUGAUAUUUUAUGACUAGAUUCUUUUUUUCAAUGAUAUGCAAAAUAACACUAUCCGUUUGUUUUUUUCGUUUCAAUGACUUUGAUUGUUACAAUAAAACUGACCAGUUUGAUAUUAUUACUAUGUGGUGUGUAUAUGUUUAUGUUCGAAAAAUGAAAAUAUAUAUCAUUAUCGUAUAAAA